AUGCUUUUCGUGCCUCUUGGAAUGCAACUGAUUGCACCACGAAAUACCGCCGAGGAGUGGAGCAUGGUAUUUCUUUUCACCGCUAUCGUACUGAUAAUUACCAACGUCAUAUUUUGCGUAUUUGGUAGAGGCGAAGCAUGUAAAUGGACAACAGAAGAAUUUAUUAUAAAGAAGGCAACAAGCACACCGGAACUCUUCGUUACAAGUCUUCAGCAAGCAUCGCCGGGCAAAGUUCUCCCACAGCCAGUACAGAAACUGCACAAUGAUUUAGCGCAGUGCAGUUGA